GUCGUCGCAAACGUGCAAGUAAACGGAAUACGACAAAAAUAAGACAUCAACUUGAAAAAGCAUUUAGUGUGUCAAAAGCUACAUUAGACAAAGAAGAGAUUGAGCAUAGAGUGGAGCAUUUGAGGUCGUCACUAGAAGAGACACAGAAAAUUAUGGAUGAAUUGUCUGUUUGUUAUUCCAGGCAAAAGGACGGUGAAAAUCAAAAGGCGUUAAUGAAGGAAUCAAACGAACUAGAACUGGAAUGUCAACAAGCGAUCGAAAAGGCAAUGUUUUGGAAGCAAUGCUACAGUCAAUCAAGGCAAUGAUAAUAACGAGGUAACUAAUGGUACCAAUUCUACUAUGAGUAAUUUGAUUAACGAAGGACAGAUACAACCCGCUGUGACUGGUAACAACGAGCAACAAGCAGUGCAAGGAAUAAUCGAUCAAGGUGCAAUAGGAACUAGUAUGAUACAGCAAACAGUGGAGCAAAAUCAAUUGAGUUCAUCAAGUCCAACCCAUACACCAUUGUACACGGGAGGUUCAGUUUUAAACCGCCAUUUAAAGCCACUGAGAGUACCUGAUUACGAUGGAAAUAAAGCAAACUUUGAAGAAUUUUGGAGCCUAGUUGAAAGUUUAGUUGACAAAUCGAACGAGCCGGUGCAUCUAAAGAUGGCAAGAUUGCGACAUAAUUUGUCUGGUCGAGCUUUGGAAGCGAUUCGUGGUUUAGGAGUAUCAGCACCCGAGUAUGAUGAAGCGAAAGAAAGAAUUCGGUCGAAAUUUGGUGGGCAGUGA